GUCGACUGGAUGAAUCAAUUUAUUUUUGAUAUGUGGCCAUACCUGGAUAAGGCAAUAUGUAAUACAAUAAGAAGCACAACAAAGCCAAUAUUUGAUCAAUAUAUUGGGAAGUAUUGCAUAGAAUCAAUUGAAUUUGACCAUCUAACUCUUGGUACUCUUCCACCAACAAUUCAUGGUGUUAAAGUUUAUGAAACUCAAGAGAAACAAUUAGCUAUUGAGCCUGGGGUGCGUUGGGCUGGCAAUGCCAACAUCUCUGUGAUCCUUAAGUUUUUGUCUUUCAGAGUGACAGUGCAGCUGCUGGAUUUACAAAUAUUUUUGGUACCUCGGAUUACUCUAAAGCCACUUGUGCCAAGCUUUCCAUGCUUUGCAAAUUUGAGUGUGUCUUUAAUGGAAAAGCCACAUGUUGACUUUGGACUAAAGUUGCUGGGUGGAGAUAUCAUGGCAAUACCUGGCCUGUAUCGGUUUAUUCAGGAAACAGUUGCGGCACAAAUUUCAAAUCUCUACCAUUGGCCCAAAGUUCUUGAAGUACCGAUUCUUGAUGGUGCUAGUGGAGCCACAAAGAAGCCUGUUGGUAUAUUACAUGUGAAGGUUGUUCGCGCACUUAAUCUCCGCAAAAUGGAUUUCCUUGGUAAAUCUGACCCAUAUGUUAAGCUCAGGCUGAGUGGGGACAGACUACCAUCGAAGAAAACCUCGAUAAAAAUGAGUAAUCUGAAUCCUGAAUGGAAUGAACAGUUCAAGCUUAUAGUGAAAGACCCUGAGACUCAAGUUCUUGAGCUGCAUGUCUUUGACUGGGAAAAGGUUAAAAUGCAUGAUAAGCUGGGCAUGCAAGUAAUUCCCCUUCGCUUGCUUACACCUCAUGAGACAAAGACAUUCACAGUUGAUCUUCUCAAGAACUUGAACCCCAAUGAUUCACAAAAUAAAAGAAACAGAGGACAGCUUGUAGUGGAGUUGACAUUUGAUCCUUUUAAAGAAGAAAAUGGCAGGUUAAGUGAUACUUUAGAUGGAGAUUUUAGGCAUAGUAGCAUCGGCAGGGCUUCCCAUGAUAUAUCAUUUAAUGGUGGGGUUUUGUUGGUAACCAUUGAAAGUGCCGAAAAUAUAGAAGGAAAGCAUCACAAUAACCCUUAUGUACUGAUCCUUUUCAGAGGAGAAAAGAAGAAGACUAAGAUGAUUAAGAAAAGCAGGGAUCCAAGAUGGAAUGAAGAAUUCCAGUUCAUGUUAGAGGAAGCCCCUGUAGGUCAGAAAAUUCACAUAGAAGUGAUGAGCAAACGAAGAGGUUUUAGCUUUCAUGGAAAGGAAUCAUUGGGGCACGUAGAUAUCAAUCUUUUAGAUGUUGUUAACAACGGCCGAAUAAAUGAAAGAUAUCAUUUGAUAAAUUCAAGGAAUGGAACGAUACACAUUGAGAUUGAAUGGAGCACCACUUGAUGUUACGGCCAUAAAUGUUGCAUAUUCAUCGUAAGAGAGCUGUUUGAUUCUCCAUGUGUAUAUUCAUCAUGAGAUUUUGUGUUGCGAACAAUUAAAUCAUUGUAACAUAUCAGAGAAAAAAACACCAUCAGAAUAUUAUACAACAUAUAAUUCUUUUCCUUUUCACUUUUGUGACUUAAAUGAGUGAUGUACGUCGACUUGAAAGAGAACCAGUUAGGGUUGUUUUGUCAACAUCUGUCACUGGACAUUCUUUUUUAUUUAAAUCAAAAUGUUAGGAACUGUAAAUUUUCUUGUAAGGAAACUAUAUAAAGAACAGAUGUUGCAGAUCUUUUACAA